AGAAAACAUCUAUUAUUGUCAAGUCUUCUUAGAGGUGAAGGUGUGAUUGUGAUGCUUUUAUUGCUUCCUUCGCAGCUUGAUCAAGCACGUUUAAUGCUGUUUCAUAACUUCCUUCGUUUUAUUCAACUAUCUCUCUCGUAUAUUACUUUGUAAAACUCCAUUAGCUUAUCUUGUAAAUCUGCAUUGGCAGAUCUGAAAAUGGAAACUGUAGAGGACACAGACAAGAAGCAAAGAGAAGUGCAGCGCCUGUAAUAGAGCGCACCCACCAUAUAAGAGCUUCUAAAUUCACAUUCUCUAUUUUCUAUAUCAUCUGAGAAUCAAACACUUCAAUCGUUACCUGAAAUUCAAAUUGUUCAGACCCUAAAGGACUUGCAUUCUCCAAGAACCUGAAGCUUGGUAUCCAUGAGGACUCUCAAAACAGAACCAAGAUUGCAGAGUUGUUCCGUUACCACUCGACCAAGAGCGGGGAUGAGUUGACCAGCCUUAAAGAUUACGUGACGAGGAUGAAGGAAGGUCAGAACGAUAUCUUUUACAUCACUGGCGAGAGCGAAAAGGCUGUUGAGAACUCUCCCUUCCUUGAGAAGCUCAAGAAGAAAGGGUAUGAGGUUCUUUACAUGGUUGAUGCCAUCGAUGAGUACGCCAUUGGCCAGCACAAGGAGUUUGAGGGAAAGAAGCUGGUCUCUGCAACAAAGGAAGGUCUGAAACUGGAAGAGUCAGAGGAGGAGAAGAAGAGAAAGGAGGAGCUAAAGGAGAAGUUUGAAGGGCUCUACAAAGUGAUCAAGGACGUUCUUGGAGACAUGGAGAGGAUCAUGAAGGCUCAGGCUUUGAGAGACAGCAGCAUGGGUGGUUACAUGUCGAGCAAGAAGACGAUGGAGGUCAAUCCAGAGAAUGCGAUCAUGGACGAGCUGAGGAAAAGAGCUGAAGCUGAUAAGAAUGAUAAGUCUGUGAAAGAUCGUGUGCUUCUCCUCUUUGAGACUGCUCUUCUCACUUCUGGAUUCAGCUUAGAUGAGCCAAAUAUUUUCGGAAGCAGAAUCCACAGGAUGUUAAAGGUUGGACUGAGCAUUGAUGAUGAUGAUGUUGUUGAAGCUGAUGCAGAGAUGCCUCCCCUUGAAGAUGAUGCGGAUGCUGAAGGUAGCAAGAUGGAGGAAGUUGAUUAAGUGUUUCCCAGCGAGUGUAGGUUAAAUGUUUUUUCUCGACUUCUCUGUUGUCCGAACUAUGUCUAUUGCUCAUAAGUAAGAAACUUCGUUUCCAGCAAAUCCAGACAUUUAUUUGUAGGGUUGAUGAUAUUCUGAUAUUGAUCUGUAAUGAACUAAUGAUAUUGUCAUGU